AUGACAAUCAUUUUUCGUAGUGGAUUAUUUAAUUCAAGUUCAAAUACUUAUGUUACCGGCUUAGGUAAAUUUGAUGAUAAUAAAACUGCGUAUGAUAUAUUUUCUAAUUCAAAGUUUAUUUAUGAAUAUGAUAAUAAAACACAAUCAUACGAAUAUCCAACAUUAAUGAAACUAGAGAAAUUCUGUUUUCAUAACAAUAGAUCGUUAGUAUGGUAUGCACAUUCUAAAGGUGCUUCACAUGUCCAUGAUUUUUCUACUGGCCCCUGGAGAGGUGUAUUAAAUUAUUUUGUUUUGGAUAACUGGCAAUUAUGCUAUAAUCUCUUAUUGUCCACAAAUUAUACUACUUGUGGAGCCAUAAUGGCCUUCGAUCGGGUUCGUAAAGCUGGCUGGAAUACUUAUUAUGCUGGUAACAUGUGGUGGGCUAAAUGUUCACAUGUUAAUCGACUUACAAGACUUGAAAAGAUCGACCAGAAAGAUCGUUACCAAGCAGAAUUGUACGUCACAUCUGAACCUGCUGUUGGGCAUUUUAAUUGUCAUUUUAUCAAUCUAAAUAUCCCAAUUAGUUUUAAUAAGCAAACUGCUAAUUGUACAACAAAUCAACCAAUGUUUUGGGCACGAUGGUGA